AUGUAUCAGGCUCAGUUAAAUUCUCAAGGUGAAAUACAUCCUAAUCUAUGGGCGUGGAUAAAUUAUAUUAAGGGGUCAGAAGAAUCUGUAAUGGUACGACAUGAACAAGAACAAUGUCAACAAAGAAGUACACGUCUCAGAAAGGCAAGAUCAGUACAUAAUGAUGCUGUAUUGAUUGCUGCCAAACAAAAUUAUAUGUAUGAUCAUAUAGAUCUAGAAGAUUUACAGAAAUUGUUAAGAUCAUUAAGUCAUCGUUAUAUCAAAAAGUUACUUAUCAUUUACUAUACUGAAACUGCAAUCCAUUCAAAAGUAGAAGCAAUGCCGGAAAAUAUUGUUCAAAUUAGUGACAUGGGCAACAAGAACAACGAUGGAAUUGCUAAUUUAGCUUAUGACGGCGAUACCAAUGAUAUUCGUGUAUCAAUAAUAAAUGACGGAAUUAAUACUGUUACUUUGACAGGCGAUUCGAAAAUGCAUUUAAAUUGGCGUUCAAAAUUAAAGAAUUUAUAUAAAAAUUAUAGAUGGAGAAUGAGUCAUUAUUUUUACAUUCAUCUGGCGAUAUUUAUUUGUAACACGUUUACAUGUGGUCUUAUUGUGUGGCUUAUUGAAAAUCGUACCGUAUCUUAUAUGGAUGCUUGGUUUCUCAGUAGUACUUGUGUUUUUACAUGUGGUUUGACAACAUAUGAUUUUGCAAUAUUAAGAAAAGAAUCACAGAUUGUAUUACUAAUGUUUACCUGGAUAUCGGGGAUCACCGUCUCGACCAUACCAGCAAUUAUCAUUAAAAUUUAUAUAGCUAAACGUGAAAUACGUUCACGAACAAAUACCGCGACCGCGGCACAGAAACAACAACGAGAACCAGAGAGGGAAGAUGAUUUACCUGUUAAAAAAUUUCUCAGUAAACAUUUGAAUAGUGCAUUAGAAGCAAAAAUAAAAUCAUUGCCAAAUGCGGACGAGAUACGAAUAACAGCAUAUAUUAUAUUGAUUGUUCUUAUUCUUUCAAUAUGUUUUACUAUUUAUUUAAUAACAUUUAUUUCUAUUGGAUUAUACUUCAAAUACAAAUGUAGUCCAGAAAAAUUACUCCAAAAAAAUGUAACGCUAAAUCCAUUUUAUGCAUCAUUCGUUCUAACAUUAACCGGUUUUAACCAAAAUGGUCUAUCACCAUGGUGA